AGAGAAGCGGAGCUGGUUUUCUCUGAAUAAGGGCAUUUCCGUAAUUCCUCGUUCCCCGUCUUCCUGCAACUAUAACUACGUUUCCGUUCUCUUUUCGUUUUCCAUUUUCGUGCUUUCAACGAAGAACAGAUCUCGCUCCAAAAACCCUAACCUUCAAAGAAUUGCAGGAUCGCAUCUCGAUCUUCUCAAUUUCUCCGUUUCUUCUCAGUAUUAAAAAGCUUCAAAGAUGGAUUCUUGUCCUACAAUAAAAAACAUUCUUCUUUUGGAUUCCGAAGGGAAACGUGUAGCUGUCAAGUACUAUUCUGACGACUGGCCAACAAUAAGUUCAAAGUUAGCUUUUGAGAAAUCAGUGUUUACUAAAACUCAAAAGACAAAUGCACGGACUGAAGCGGAGAUAGCGAUGUUCGAAAAUUAUAUUGUUGUCUAUAAGUUCAUCCAGGACCUGCAUUUUUUUGUUACCGGGGGCGAUGAUGAAAAUGAACUCAUCUUAGCUACAGUUCUUCAGGGAUUUUUUGAUGCAGUUGGCCUCCUCCUCAGGGACCACACUGACAAAAGAAGUGCGCUGGAGAAUUUAGAUCUCAUCCUGUUAUGCCUUGAUGAAAUUGUUGAUGGAGGGAACAUUCUUGAAACUGAAGCAAGUGUUAUUGCUGGAAAAAUUGUGACACAUGGUGCAGAAGGUGCUGCCCCCUUGUCUGAGCAGACCAUAACUCAAGCGCUCGCCACUGCACGGGAACAUUUAGCUAGAUCUCUUCUCCAAUGAUUGUCCUUAGAAUUUUUUUUUUAUUAUUAUUAUUUUAAACAAUUAUCUUUUGUGCAACCAGUGAAAGAGUUUUGCAUUCGUUUAUUUCCUUAAAUUUGAUUGAUGAUGUUAAAUUUCUACUGAGAAGACCUAUCUUUGGGCAUGGCUAGAAUUGGAUGAGCAUCGGCUCUCGUCUUUAGAUGGAGUCGUUAUCCGUUGUUUAUCAUUUGGUGGGUGAGCUAUAGUUCAACAAUGGUCUUACUGCAGCCAUCAUAAUAUUUUAUAAUGGACACGGGGAGUAGCAGCGAUGACCUAAUGUAUGACAUUGGUAGAUAUAUGUAAUCGCAAUUAUGCAAUUGUAGCUGGGCUGCAAUGUCAUUACAUAUGA